CCAAAUAAAUUAUAUGAAUAAUAUGAUCACAUAGCUCGCUCUCGAAAUCAUUUCUUCUUCUUGUUGUAAAAGCAUUUCUUUUGAAAAUCGAAAAACAGAGGCCAUUGCCCCUUUUCGUUUCUUUUUCUUCGUUCUCCGUCGCUCUCCUCAAUCCAAGCUGGUCAGUCUUUCCUCUUCACACCUCCUUUCAUUUCCCUUCUCCUUUCCCUUCCCCUCUGGAGAUAUUCAAAUUGUAAUUAACGCAUCACUUUCUCUGAGUUACUGGUUCUCAGAAAGAGAUUGGAAUUGGAAAGAACAUCACGGCGUGAGAGAGAAAUGGGGUCAAAACUGGAAAUUGCAGUUCAAAUGAGAAAAAUCGUGAUCAUAUCAAGCAGAACAUGUUAUAGAUCAGUUUCCAAUCAUCCAUUCAUUUUGGGUAUCCUCUGUUUUGUGUUAUUUCUGUACAGAUCUUUUCCUUUUUUAUUUUCCCUUUUGGUCUCUGCAUCCCCUGUUUUGUUCUGCACUGCCGUUCUUCUUGGGACUCUUUUGAGUUUUGGGCAUCCAAACAUUGUACCCGAAAUCGAAAAAGAUGAUGAUAGGGUUAGCCACUCCCAUGAUGUCGCAUCUCUUAAGGCCAGGGUUUCGAGGGAUACCACUGUUGUUGUCGAUGAUGAGAGAGACGAUAGCUUUCUUGUAGAAAGAUAUACAGCAAAGGGAAGUGACAUAGUAGAGGAGGCUAUUGAGGGUCCUAGUUCCGCAGAGAAUAAAGUCGGGAAGGUUGAUACAUAUGAUGGUCUGGUUGAUUGCGUGGCAGUGAUUGCUCAUAGUUCCCGGGAAAUUCAGUUAGAGAAGGAUAUUGAAGGGGCUAGUUCGGUGGAAGAUAAAGUUGGGAAGGUUGGGAUAGAUGAUGGCCUGGUUGAUUAUAGGCCACUGAAUGAUCAUAGUUCCCGGGAAAUUCAGUUGGAGAGGCGAGUAACUGGGGAAGUCGGGGGAAAGUUUAUUAGUUUGGAAUUGGAAAAGAAGGGUGAAUUUCACGAGGAGAACUUAGGGACUGAAUGCGUGUUAAAUAAUGGGGAAUCUCUCCAGAAUCAAUGUUUUGUGGUUCACAAAGUGGGAGAUGAGAUUCUUGAAGUGGAAGAUAAUGUUAAGCGCCUGGGAGAGUUGGCCGAUGCUCAUAGUGGAGAUCACUUCGAUUUAUUUCCUAAUGAUGAUGAGGAUGGUGAUGAUGAGUCUUCGGACCAAGGGUCUGAUCUGGCAGAGAGUUCCUCGCCAGAUGCUUCAAUGGCCGACAUCUUUCCAAUCCUUGAGGAGCUUCACCCACUUCUGGAUCCAAUAGCUCCACAGCCUGCUCAUAUGUCCCAUGAUGAUGCGUCAGAUGGUGCUUCAGAACGCUCUUGUAAAACUAACGAUGCCAGUGUUGAGUCAGAUGAAGAAUCGGAAAUUCAUGGAGACGGAGAAGACGGCGUUGAUGAAAAUGAAGAUGACGAGGAAGAAGCACAGGGAGGCAAGGAGGAUGAAAGUAAAUCGGCAAUUAAGUGGACAGAGGAUGACCAAAAGAACCUCAUGGAUUUGGGGACUUCCGAGCUGGAGAGGAACCAGCGCCUGGAGAAUCUCAUUGCAAGGAGGAGAGCACGGAAAAACGUGAGAUUGAUGGCUGAGAAGAAUUUGAUAGACUUAGAUGGCACUGAUCUUUUCUUUAAUGUUCCACCCAUUUCAACGGCAAGACAUAAUCCUUUUGAUCUCCCUUAUGAUCCCUAUGAUCCACCUGGUUCGGCACCAUCUAUAUUGUUGCCAAUACGAAACCCUUUUGAUCUUACUUAUGACCCAAAUGAAGAAAAACCUGAUCUCAAGGGAGACAAUUUUCAGCAAGAGUUUACGACAUUUCAACAGAAAGAUGCAUUAUUCCGUAGGCAUGAAAGUUUCAGUAUUGGACCAUCUGGCCUAGGGGGUCCCAGGCAAGAGAGGCAUGCUAUUAGGUUCAGACCCUUUUUUGUGCCAGAACGCUUCACUUCAGAGGAGACAAGCUAUUCCUCAUUCGAGAGACAGUCAAGUGAAGUCAGUGAAUCAAAGUUGAGUUCUAUUCCUGAUACUGAAUCUGUGAGUUCUGCUGCUGAUCGAGAUGACAAGAAGCUCAAUGAACUAGAUCUUUGUCAAGAAACAAAACUCAUCUCCAGCAUAGACCAUGCUUCUGAUCAUGUAGAAUGUGGAAGUGGAUUCCAUGAAAAUAUUGAUUCUGUGGAGAUGGAACAAGUUGAGAGGAGGGAUGUUUGCCAUGAUGAGGUUGAGAUCACACUGGGGCAAGUGGGAAAUGAUACUGAGAUGGAUUCUGGGUUGUCCCCAACAGGAGGCGUGGCUAUUCCUCUGGAACUUAGCACUAGUGAAAUUCAUCCCGAAACACAACAUUUUAUUCAUGAUGAUGAGGUUGAGAUAACAUUGGGGCAAGUGGGAAAUCAAGCUGAAAUAGAUUCCGGAUUGUCUGAAACAGGAGGGGUGGCUAUUCCUCUGGAACUUAGUACUAGUGAAAUUCAUUUAAAAAUGGAACCUGUUGAAGACGAGUACAGCAGUAGAUCAAGUUUGUCAUCGUUAUCAGAAAUAGAUGGGAGAGUACUGUAUGCUACAAAAGAGGAAACGGUGAGUUAUGGAACCAAGAGGCAAUGACCUUGAAGAAUCUAAAAGUGCAAACCUACCUUCCCCUAAGGAGCCAGAUUCCCACUUUUUGAGUGGGGGGGUGGAUGAAAAUCAACAUGAACCUGUUUAUGAUUCAAGCCCCCCGGAAGGUGAAAAGAUCCUCUCCCUUCCCUCCAUUUCUUCUGACUUGCAAGUGGAGAUAUCCAAAAUGGGUUUGCCUCCAGUGUCUGUUGUGACUUCUAUUCCCAUUUCAGAUAAGGAAUCUGAAUUGUACAGUGAGAGAGAAGGGAAGGAUUCUUCUAAUUAUGAAGAAACUCAUGGAUCAUCCUCAGUGACACAUCCAGAUAAUGAAACGGAGCCAAGGUUGAGGGAAGUACAGGAGUCUAGUAAGGGUCAUGUUACACAGGUCAAGUCUUCAGGAGUUAACUUGGGUGAUCAAAAUGGAUCUGAAUAUGUGGUUGAACAUGUUUCAGUUAUUCCAAGGUCAUCUUAUACUGAUGUUGGAUCAGUUGAGGAAGGUUCUUCCGAGGGAAGAGAAAGCUAAGAAAGGCUAAGGCAUGUGUUUCAGAAGACAUCCCCACGAUAUGUAAAACUUCUUCAACGGCAUAAUGAGCAACGGCGAAUCUGACGGACAGGUUUUGGCUGAGAAAUUGUCGAAACACAACAAUUCGCAGCAGAUCAUUGAAUGUAUCCUGCAACGAAAUCUCAAUACUUAUAUCUGAUCAGUCGUAGUCAUAACAUGUUUCAUGGUUGAUUGCUUUUUGGUUUCCUGUGUGGAAUUCGGUUAUAAAUUCACCAUGCAUAUUGAAUUCUUAUGUAAUUCCAAAAUUUGUUAGAGGAAGCAUGACAUGUUUCUUUUUUUUGUGGCA